GAGAUACCCUUGACGUUUGCAAGCAAGUCAAGCAAAAGAAGGUUCCUAUCGUAGACGCUCUUCUUUUUGUUUGUUGCUUAUUUGUAAACAGUUAUUUCUUAGAUUUAAUUAGGAUGGCUGAAAGUAAAGUGAUCGUGAUAGACAGCAGCGAGGAGAGUUCGUCCUCUUGCGAUAGUGACCAGCAGCCCACAAAGACAGAAAAAGAAAAAGAUCCGAUGGAGUGUCCUAUCUGCUUGCAAACAUGCAUACAUCCGGCACGAUUGCCAUGCGGGCAUAUUUUCUGCUUUCUCUGCGUCAAAGGAGUUGCUUACAAAAAUCGCCGUUGUGCCAUGUGCAGACGAGAAAUUCCGCCCGAAUUCCUGGAUCAUCCGCAACUUGUGCACGGAGUUGCAAAGACAAAAUCAACAGAAGACGGUUACCAAUGGUACUACGAAGGUAGAAAUGGUUGGUGGCAAUACGAUGAGCGUACAAGUCAAGACAUCGAAGAAGCUUACAAAAAAGGAGAGAAAUCGUGUACGAUACUUGUAGCAGGCUACGUGUACGUGGUCGACUUCGAAGCUAUGUUACAACAAAGACAAAAUGAUCCAUCUCGAAGGCGACAUGUGAAACGAGAUCUUGCCUCAAUACCGAAAAAAGGCGUGGCUGGUCUUCGUAUCGAAGGCAGCGUUGAUGAGCCCGAAACAGAAUCACAAUCGUCUACAGGAAAUACAUACGAACGUCAAAGUUCAACUAAUUUUAUUUCACCGAUAACUGCAGCCGAUGCUGCAAUUCGCAUUGCUACAGAUAUAAUCGGUUCAACAUUAGCACAUGCCGACGAUUCAAAUCGAAAUGAUGAUCGUGAGCAGAGCAAUGGUAGUCGUGGACAAAGGGAACUACUAGACGAUGCGGAGGAACUGUUGGAUGCAUCACAGGGUACAAGUAUUAUAGGUACAAGCGAUCACAGCGAUCUAUUUUCACAAACUUUAGAUGAUUUCCGUUCGCUUACUCUACGAAAUGUUAUCGAUUCGAGUGAUAGUGAGGAUGACAACGAACAAAUUAUAUUAUAAUUUCCGUAGCGAUAAAAUAAUGGUAGAAAGUGAAAAAUAUAUAUUUUUUGAGUUCUUCUCAAUGUGGAGAAAACUCAACACCACUUCCCAUAGUUGUUGUUCAAAUUAUACAUUUGAUGAACGCAAGGUACUACUGUUAGCUAGAAAUCUCGGAAACUGUAAAUGUCCUCUAAUUUAAGAGAGCAUUUUAGCGAAGGAAAUUGUUAAGCCAGUGGCUGUGCAAAAAUUACUUUCAAAUUUUGUAUUUACCUUAUCUAUUAAGAGUUGGAGGCGUGACAAAGAAGUAUUUUUCUGUAUAUCGUGAAUUAUGAGACACGUGUCUUAGUGUUUUGUCCGUUUUCGUAUUCUUGGCAUGAAACAUUACUGAUUGAUGGUAGAGAGUAUCUACCUCGAUUAUCUGAUGUGUCCAGGGCAAAUAUAUUCAUUUAAAAGACUUAGUUAAUGAUGGUGUUUCACUAGGCGCUGAUAGAGAUCAGUUGCUUUUUAGAUAGAAGCACAGGGGGUGUUGCUUGGACAACGUGGCCCUCUUAUAGGGACUCCCAAUUUCGAGUAAUUUGUACAAUUAAUUAUGUUGAUAGCCUAUUCGAAGUACAAUGAAAAUCUCGUUUCAAAUAUUUCUUUCCCUCAGGAAAAAACUGCUUCGGAUAUCGAAAUCGAAAUUUUGCUUUGAUAGAUAUUUGCAUUAUCAAUUUCCAAGUGGAAGAAAUAAUGAAUUAUAAGUCAAUUUAUAAUAUAUUUUGUUAAUUGCAAUAUUAUUAAAUGUUUUUCGAUCGUGACA